AUGUCGCCCACCCCUGCCCCAGACGCCCGGGAGGCCCCGGCCCCGCCCGAGGGCGCGUCUCUAAACCAGCGCCGUUUGGCGCCCCGCUCCAGUAACCAGUUCCGGGUCGGCCCGCCGUUUUCGGCCACUACCGCCGGCGCUCGUCUUGUUGCCUCGGGACACGAACACGUGGAGCCGCGAAUAUCUGCCCGGCUCGACCGCGGGUUCGACAUGAUCGACGGCGAGUGGAUCGGGUACAAACGAAACUACUUCACGUUGGUGGCCGCGUUCCAGUUCGUGGACCUCCCGCCGGACGCCACGGCCACCGAGUCGUUUUCGUACGUGGACGGCGCGGGCGAGCCGCGGCCCGUCCGCGCCUUCAAAAUCCUGCUCACGUCCGUGUGCCUCGAGGACAGUUCCACGGCCGUGACACUUGUCCAGCACACGGCCAAACGGGACCGGGGCCCGCAGAGCUCGCCACCGUUGUACUACGCCGUGCCGGGCGACUUGCCGGCGCACAGCACCAUGAAGCUGGUGGCCAACAUCCGCAACGGCGACAAGAUCGACCGGUGCAACCGGCUCUUCUACCUCCUGAAGGAGGACCACCAGCGCGCCGCGGAGUCCAGCCCUCACUGCGUGCUUGCCACGUACCCGAGGGACUGCGACAUCUCGCUCGUGGCGCGCUAUGAGCGCAUCCAGUUUCUGUCUGCGGGCUGCGGCAACCGCAAGCUGGCCAGCACCAACAACAAGCACUAUGUGCUCGUGGUGCAGCUCCUCGGCGUCACGGACCUGGGGCUGCACGUGGUGCUUGCUUCCUCGCAGUCGCCGCCCUUGAUAGUCCGCGGCCGCUCGCCGUCAAACUAC